AAGUGCCGGCCAUGGGGAGGGCGCCUUGUUGUGAAAAAGUUGGGCUGAAAAGGGGAAGGGGGAGAUGGAAUGCGGAAGAGGAUGACAUUUUGACCAAGUAUAUUCAUGCUCAUGGAGAAGGCUCAUGGAGAUCAUUGCCUAAGAAUGCAGGAUUACUAAGGUGUGUGAAGAGUUGCAGACUAAGGUGGAUUAAUUACUUGCGAGCUGAUUUGAAGAGGGGGAACUUCACUGUCGAAGAGGAAGAAACCAUCGUCAAAUUGCAUGAAUCGUUGGGAAAUAGGUGGUCUUUAAUCGCCAGCCACUUGAAGGGAAGAACCGACAAUGAGAUAAAGAACUACUGGAACUCUCAUUUAAGUAGAAAAAUCUACAUGUUUAGAAGGCCAUCCUAUCAAAGCUUGCCCCUGAUGGACGUCAGCCAAAUUAGAAAGACAGAUGAUGGCAGUUCUUCGAAUAAACCUAUUGAUGAAGCCGUGCCAUUUUCAUCCACGCCACCGUUGGAAAAAGAAACUUUUACCACUGUGUAUGGAGAAAGUAUGGAAAGCAGUGGCAGUGGGGUGCUGUUUUUUUAUGAUAUUAUGGAUGAUGUAUUGCUACAAACCAAUGGGGAUUCGACCAACAGAGUCACUGUCGGUGCUGAUAAGAGAGAUCAGAUGAGUGGAGAUCCGAGUCCGAUCAAAAUAGCAGCCAAUAAUGAGAAAGUAUAG